CAAGACCUGACCAAAAAAAAAAAAGAAACAGAGGUAAAACAUUAAACAAGCAAACAAAUCUUGCAGUGUAAAAUGCUAAUGGGAUUAAACUACAGUGACCUAACCAGAGGCCAUUAAUGGCGGCAAACAAUCAAAAUUUAAGAGGGCCUGCAGGGCACACCACACCAGACCAAACCAGUACAACCACAACUGCCCCUCAGGGCUUUCCUUGGAGUAGCAUUAAAGUCUUUUCUUUUAGUUCUUCAUCUCAUCUUCAUCUUCAUCUUCAUCUUCAUCUUCUUCUUUCUUUUUUUUUUUUUAGGGUUUCUUAAUUUCAACCACAAGAUUCGAUGAUGACGAUGAUGAUUUCCACACACAGAUUUAUACCCCUCAAAAAGUUACCCAAUUUUGCUCUUCUAUGAUUUCUUCCCUCCCUCAAAAAUGGCUCAUCACUUCCCCAUCAUCAUCCUCUUCCUCCUCCUAUCUUUCUACACUGCCCUCAAUUUGAUCGCCAAUUCCCAAUUUCAUUCGCACCCCCAACACAAAUCUCCCAAUCGCCAUUUCCUAACCUUCAGAUUCUUGAAAGAGCUUCAGAAAUUCAAAUCCACUAAUGUGCAAUUUCCAAAUUUACUCCCAUCGCCGGCGCCGGCGCCGGCCAUUGCUCCGGCCGCGUCUCCACUCUCCCCCCACCCGCCGUGGCACCGGCGGCGGCGCCCAUUGCCGCAACCCCACAAACCAGCAUCAGCAGAUCAUCGCCGGAGUAAUGGCGUGAGUAAAAGAGCAUUGGCAGCUGUUCUUGUGUCUAGUGCAAUAGCCUUUGCGCUGCUGCUGCUGCUCGCCGCCGGAAUCUUCUUUCUCCGGCGCCGGAGAUUCUGGCGGAAGAAGAAGAAGAAUGUAGCGGCGAGGAUAAUUAAUUCGGGGAAUAAUUGUAAUAAUAAUAAUAUUAAUAAAAGUGUGUCGAAAUACGUGAGCUCGCAAUCCUCCGUGAAGAAAGUGACCUCCGAUCCAGGCCCCGAUCUUUUCUACCUCGACUCCCUCGAAUCGGCAUUCCAAUCCCGAACAAAUUGCUACCCAACCUCUGGCGCCAGCAGAGAAAUCUCAGCCGUCGAUGAUUCAAUCCACGGCUCUUAUUCGUCGCCAAGCUCCGAUCGGAUAAUCCCGGCGCCGGAAUUUGAGGAGGAUAAGAUUGAGGCUUCAUCGGAAGACGAAUCUUUCCACUCUUUCUGCGAUUCCGAGCUUUCCCAUAAGUCCCUUUCCAAUGCUUCUAAUUCGUCUUUUACAGAGAAUUUAGAAAAUUCAGCUAAAGAAGUUAAGAAAAUGGCAGCGCCGCCGCCUCCUCCUCCUCCUCCUCCUCCGCCGCCGCCGCCGCCGCUGGCUACCUUAGUGAAAGUGAAGUACAAUGUAGUUACCUCAUCGGAUCCAAGCUUGUCCGAGACAGUUGCGGCGGCACCGGCAGCUCCUCCCGGCAUUCCUCCUCCGCCUCCUCCGCAGCAAACAAUUCCAUUUGGGAAGGACGGAUCGCCAUUGCCUAAGCUCAAGCCUCUGCAUUGGGACAAAGUGAAGGCCGCGCCGAAUCGAACGACGGUUUGGGACAAGCUGCGAUCGAGCUCAUUCGAAUUCGACGAGGAAAUGAUCGAGUCUCUCUUCGGAUACAAUCUCAACAACGCGUCAAAAAACGAUGAAGCGAAGAGCAAGACACCUUCGCCGAACAAGCACAUCCUCGAGCCUAAAAGAAUCCAAAACUUUACGAUUCUAUCGAAAGCGUUGAGCGUAAACGAGGAACAAGUUUGCUGUGCAUUAGUCCGAGGGGAUGGCUUAUCUUUGCAAGACAUAGAAGCGCUGUCGAAAAUGGUUCCGACAAAGGAGGAAGAGGCCAAACUAACAAAUUACAAAGGCGACGUGUUCGAUCUCAGCUCGGCCGAGAAGUUAGUCAAGGCGAUGCUCAAAAUCCCUUUCGCAUUCCUGCGAAUUGAGGUGAUGCUCUAUCGAGAAACAUUCGAAGACGAGGUUUUACACCUCCGAAAAUCUUUCUCGAUGCUCGAGGAAGCAUGCAAGGAGCUUCGAUCGAGCCGGCUCUUCCUAAAGCUACUCGAGGCAGUCCUCAAAACCGGGAACAGGAUGAAUAUCGGGACGAUAAGAGGAGGGGCGAAGGCGUUCAAGCUCGAUGCGCUUCUAAAACUCGCGGACGUGAAGGGAGCAGAUGGGAAAACGACGCUCCUACAUUUCGUCGUUUUAGAAAUCAUACGAUCGGAGGGAGUAAGAGUCUCGGAGAGUAUUAUGGGCAAGAUUCAUAUCAAAAGCACGGGCUCAAGCUCGAGCGUGCAGGAAAAAGAAGAAAGCUACCGGAUCAUGGGGUUAGACCUCGUCGCCGGCUUGAGCAGCGAGCUAUGCAACGUCAAGAAAACAGCCACGAUCGAUCUCGACGUGGUGGCGAGCUCGGUGGCGAAUUUAUCUGACGGCAUGCAGAAGCUGCAGCAUUUAGUUGAAAAGGACAUUGCGGCAGAGGAGAAGAAGGGGGGAUUUGUGGAAUCGAUGAGAAUGUUUGUGAAAUAUGCGGAGACGAAGCUGAAGGAGCUGCGGGAGGAUGAGGACCGAGUGAUGCGCCAAGUUCGGGAGAUAACCGAGUACUUCCACGGCGACAAGUGGAAGGACGAGGCGAAUCCUCUUCGGAUUUUUGUAAUAGUACGAGAUUUUAUGAGCAUGUUAGACCAUGUUUGUAAGGAGCUGAAAAGCUCGAAAGGCCACCGGAAUGGGAACCCGUUGGCGGCGAGUUUCCGGUAGGUUGCUGGCGGCUUGUUCUGUAGUUUUCUCUGCUCUGUAUAUUCAUGGCAGAUAUGGAGAUUUGUUUGUGUGUAUUGACAUACUUAGUCUGGAAUUCAUUGUUCUUCUGAUGAGAUGGAAAAAAGGGUUUCUUUAAGCUGUGGCAGAUAGAAUCAGUAAAUGAGGUUUAUGUUUUCCGAUCGUGUAUUGAGUUGUUGUAGAAUAUUGAUUUUAGGUUAAAAUUGGUGUAGAAUGAUUUGAUUGCAUGUAGAGUUAAUAUUAAAUUUUGUGAUACAAAUUUGGUUUGAAUUGGAAUAUUUGUAAUACCCGGGAGGGAGCUGAGGCAUGCACAAGAGAGUUGGAUAAUAAAUUCUAAUUUAGGAAAAUAAUAAUGAUAAUAUAGUAUAUUAUUUAUAUUUAUUGUCCAACGUCUAAAAGAUACAGAGAACCAGAGUUUAAGCUAAAUAUCCAACAAAUUAGAUUUGACAAGAUAAAUCAACGUCUGAUGUUUAGGUUUGAAUAGACAUGCCUAUAUAUUUAUGUAGGAGUAUGGUGGCAUAUUUGAACAUAUACACAUGUAAUGAGUGUAUGGAAGUGUUUUGUUUAGUUUGUUUGAUGGGGAUACAUAGUGUGGCAUCAUUUUCAUGUUCAUAAUUUAUAAUUUAUAACUCUCCUCCCUCCCAUCAUUUGUCUUUCUGCUGCAAUAUAAUAUAUAUAUAUAUAUAUAUGUGCCUCAGUCGCUGCCAAACAUGCACUCAUUCCAAUUAUGGGAUUCUUUUGGAGUUUUCUCCUUGGCAGUGCUUUAGUGUUGUGUUUUGUUGGGGCAUACUAUAUUCAGACUGAUCAUAAUGGUAAUGAAAGACCUACCCAAGUCCUUUCUCUUUUGAAUAAGGAAUGAAAUAAUGACACAAAUUUAUAUGAUAUCCACAACUUGAAUAACAUGC